AUGUCCCAGCUUGAGCGCAUGGCGAUACGAUGGGCGCUGCGUAGCCAGGCGCCCGUCGUCAUUCCGAGACUACCGUGUGCAAGGCCCUUCACGUGCGGACGUGUGGCCCGGCAAGAAGACAAGGAGCCGACACCAUUCGACAGGGUCUUCAGCGUGACAGAGCCAAAGGACAAAGAAGUCCUACCACGCUCGGUGUUGGGCGAAGGCAGUGAUGAACUCAAUCGAGAAUGGGAGGGCUCCAUCUUCAGGACUGAAGGGACACGGAGGCUUCGACGGGGCGAGCGGCCAGGCGCGGCUGCGUCCAGGUCCGAGCUGACGCAGAGCGAAACAAGAGACUUCCAGAGGAUUUUCGACCAAAUUUACAAGAGCGAUCGCCCCUCAUCGCCGUUUGACGAGCAUGGCGAUGGGGACUUUGGGGCGAGCGUCGGCGCGGGCGCGCGCGGCGAGGAGUCUCUGGAAGCAUUUGCUGAUCGCGCCGUUCGCUCUCACAAGGACAAGAUUCGAAGGGAAGGGAGGAGGAGCCAAUUCGGGACGCAGAGACCACGAGCGAGGGCGAUAGCCGCGCUCAAGGAAGGCAACGCAUUUGAGGAUGUGAGCUACCAGCAGCUCGAAGAAGAAGUCGAGCGGGCGCGAGCAGACCUGGCCAUGUGCGAGACCGAGUCCAACGUCUGGUCAUGGGCCGGCAGGGAGGUGUUUGGCAGCGAGCCAGAGCACAAACCUCAGUACGGCAUCGACACGCCCUACUAUGCUCCCGUGCUGCACGAGCUGCUCAAGGUGCUGCGCCAGCGCUUCAAGGCGCCCCACUCCGCCCUGGCCAUUCUCCGGAUCACGCGGGCCCUGGGACCAGCGAGUGUCGUCAUGGGAUGCACCCCUCACCUCUACGCUGAGGCCAUACGCACACGCUUUCGCUCACUCGGGGACCUGCAAGGCGCAUCUGAGGUCCUUCGAGAGGCCAGAGAGACAGGCGUUCUGGGUGGGAGCAGCCAGGCGGGCGCAUUCACAGCACACAUCGCCGUUCAGAAGGGAGACUCGGACAGUCUGCGAGACGAACGUCUCAUUCGCCAGGUUGUCACCGAUGUCCAAGCUGACGUGCGCCGAAGGGCCGUCGAAGUCCGCUACCAUCUCGGCAAGGACGAAGAUGACAUUCUCCCGGUCAAACAGGACCUUGCGAUCCUCGACGACAUGGAUCGCCUGCUGGGCCCCUCACGAACAGCGUCAUCGCGGUAGUUCCGCUCCACACCAGCCUAUUUCCUUCCCGUGCCUCUCACCCCACCGCGCGCGUGCGUGAAUUACGAGGU